UGUUCUUUUGAUUUCUCUCUGCGAAACGUGGGCGCAGCCAUGUCGAAUGUGAAUGACAAGGAAGGGAUAGCGAGGAGAAGGGCGGUAUCAACAUCAUCAAGUAGCAGUAGCAGUAGUGGCUCGGUGUCCAUAAUGAGCGACGUCUCACCUGACCACAUGGUGCAAGGGUGUGUAUUGCCGUGCUCUAGUCCGGACCAUGGACAGGCAGCAAAUGCGGUAUCCCCGAGGGGUCUGUCAGAGCAAAGGGGAAGUAAGAAGUGUAAAAGGCGAAAGCAGGUUGUUGUGGUAUCUAGAGGCCUGCAGGGGAGUGGAAAAAGCACUACCAUGCGGACCGUCGCUCUACUGCUGAAGGGGAUAUGGUUGAAUCAGGAUGAGUUCCGUACGGCUAGCAAGGGUGGUGGGAAUGCUAAAGGGAAGUUUCUGGAGAAGCUCUCGGAGUGCACGUAUUAUGGUGAUCCUGAAUACGUUAUGGUGGAUAGAAUUAAUACGCAGCUGAGGCAUAGGUCUGAUAUCUACAACGCUAUAUGUCCUUGUGAUGGGGAGUAUCCUGAGAUCAUUUAUUUACAAUGGUCGCAUCCUGGUGAUACAGCGGGUAGUACAGGAGAGGAGGACGUGUCACCAUUCGACCCAAUCAAGGGAAGGAAGUACUUCGACGUAUGCGCGAAGAAUGUGCGGAAUCGGCAUGGAAAACAUAAGUCGAUUGACCGGUACGCUGACAUUGACUUCAUCCUGGGCUCCACGGCUUCCCAAGCUGAGCCUAUCAGCAAGGAGGAGUUGGCGCAGUUCUCGGUGUCCAAGCUCUGCGAUAUCGAUGUGACCUUGCCUCGGAGGGAAAUGGUGGAGAGAACUCUGGAGGUACUUGGGAAAGGGGACGAGUUUUCUGAAGAGGAAAUAACUGUGGCGAUGCGGGAGGUCGCUAAGAUCGAGAAGAAUAUAGUACCUGUCGGUACAGGGAAAGGAGGACAGCCUCGUCGGCGUCCUCCUAGUGAGUGUUAUCGACCGCAGCAGCAUACCUCCUGGUCCGGCACUACUACUGGUAGUGGUGAAAACCUACUGUCAUUGGUUGGCCGCAGUAUGUUCCAGCUUGAAUUAACUAGAGAGUCUCAACGAUUACUCAGAAGAGCUGUGGGGAAGGGUUGGGGGUAUAUGGCGACGAAAGGAAUCGUGCCUAAGGAUGAGUUCCACGUUACUUUGCUCUAUGUGGACAGCUCCAAUGCGUUCGAUCAUUACAAUAUGAGCCUGGUACGACAGUUAUGGCCACGUAUUGGUGACUCGUUCGGGUUCACGACGGCCUUCGCUGUGUGCUCUGAUGUGGGUGUAUGUGCGGCGCCAGUGCAGUUCCUACAAGCCGUACCAUGCGGCAACUUGUAUCCCCACAUCACACUCGGCGUGUCACCACAGGCCUCUGCUAAGGACAGCAAUGACAUGCUAGAAGGGAAACACCCUUUAGAGGCACUCAGGGUCCUCGAGCUGGAACUGUCUGGAAACCAAACACAGCUUGAAUUGCGAGGGGUCCUUCGGGUUUCUGAGUGAAGUUGAUAGUUAGAAGUGCUUGUGAUAAAUCUCACUCUUCCGCUCCUUAUGCGCGGUAGUCUAUUUACUGUCUAUACUAUUGUAUCUAC